UCAAAUAUAUUAUGUUACAGAUCCAAUAAGCUAAAGCCAUUUUGGCAUAGCAUAAACGAGCCAGUACCAGUGUUGGAAAAUCUUUCUUCAGCCCUUCUGUCUGCCGACUAUGAGUUCACACUUGCUCGGGCUUUGGCAAUGCCGGAAUGUCCGGUUGUGCCGUUCUUUGGAGCCUUCCUACGGGAAUUGCGGGAAGUCAUUGCUUCGGAGUCUAAGCCCCAACACGAAUACAAAGACAACCAUGAGUCGCCUCGUAGCAGCAGCAAAGAUAGCGAUACCGAAACCGCCUUGUCCUCGGGGCAAACCGCGAAGAUUGCUAUCGACAGUAGCACGGAAUCGCCGACUGAAUGGAACUUAAGAAAUAGUUCCUUGAAGAAGCACGAGAACCGCGACACCCAUUUCGUCCUUGAGAAGGUUGCCGAAUUUCAUAAGCACCGACAUGCUCGAGGCAGAGACGCGACAACUGGUUCCCUCCAUCGUACUCUGAGUAUUCAUACGACCGCGAUCGAGCAAACUUACAUGGCCGAAGAAUGCGACGAGAACGACUAUCAUCUCGAUCUCGAUUCGUACAGACCCGUGCAACCGAUCCCCAUCGAUCAUGGGGUUGCCUUGUUUCCCGUUGCUGCUCCACAUUCUGGAAUGGAUCUGCAUCUGCUACAGGUGCUGCAUCACGGGACAACAUUGGUGCACUGGGACUGCGAAGGAGGUACUACGAGAACAGCUUUGGUAUUCGCGCGAGUGGAUCGUGCUUGCGGUACCUUCGUCUGGGAAAAGCCUCCCUGGAGUCCGUUGAAAACUGCUCAGCUCGGCGGCGCGGCCCUCACAGAAUUCUCGUUAACUGCCAAUCCAGAGGACACGGUACCGGCUGGUUUAUUAGGGAAAUAUGCGAAUCAACAAACGGAUUGCGCUUCCGUGACGCUGGAUGAAGGAUUUCUAGACCUAAGCUCCGUAAAAGAAGUUAUGAUCGGUUGUUGUGAUCGGGACAGAGAUGCCGAUCUCCGAAGCAUUUGCAAGAGGUACGGUCUACCGGGCUCCGAUUCGUGCAUCGGCCUCAUGUACGGCUCCAGUCUGCCGGAUAAUCGACUGAUCUUUCUACUUUGCCCGCCUGCUCUCUGCAAAAUUUGGUACAUGGGUCUUUGUUGGAUAUUGCGAGGUCUGAAACGGCAACAGCAACUAACGGAUCGUAGAUCCCGAUGGUUAAAAGAAAAAUAUCUUCAGCUUUAUUUUGAAGAAGGCUGUCUCGACCCAAUGACAGCGGACGCGAUUAGGGCUUUUGGUGGUCGCGAUUGGUCCACGACUGAAAGUAUAGGAACCCUUUCGCCGACCAGUAGCAGCACCCUUCGCAAACGAAACGUUAAAGGGAAGAAAACGAAAUCCAUUGGUAAUAUUCAUGCAUUAACAAAGAGCGGAGAACUUGGUUGUUUAACACAGGAUUUGAGCCUAAAGUAUGACUCCUCAUUCUCGGAUGGAGGUUUAUCAACGGCCCCUCUACGGCAUAUUACGGGUAGCAGAGAAUCUUUGACGAGAAUUAUACCAGCAUCCCCACGGUGUAGUAGAGAUCGAGUUCCUCCAAGGAGUCCUCCCGGUUCUGCCGAACGUAUUAUUAGUUCCAACUUGCCUUACUCCAGCUUCCAGAGCCUACUGUGCGUCGCCAAAGACAAAGAUAAGAAUGGAUCCGGGAUGUUAGGUGGUAUGGAAGCACCUUCGCAAGUAAAAGCACGCACCGCUUCCAUAAUGUACGCAACUCAGUUAAACUUCGUCGAGUUCGUCGCGUUGUUCCGCUCGUUCAGCCUGAGGGCCAGGAAGGAUUUGCGCGACCUAUUCGGCCAACUAGCGAUCACUUGUCGCAGCCAAAGCGACGGUUCUUUGAGAGACUUCAACAUACGGCCGCCUGUGUUAAGGCAAACCAGCGACGCAACCCCCCAACGAAUCGGUCUUUUGACGAGGAACAACUCGAUCGACUGUCACGAAUACAAAACUAGCAGUAAUCUUCAAAAAAAGCAAGUUUUCGACGCUGUGGCUGCUGCCAGUAUCGUUAACAAUUGUUCCGGCGUGGACACCUCGAAGUCGCAAGUUAUCACCCUGGCAACGUUUACAAAAUUUCUGGAAUCGCGGCAGCAAGAAAAAUUGACCGAUGAAGAGAUCAAAGCACUUGUUAAGCGACACGAACCGGACCCGGCACUACGUACACAAUGGUGUUUGUCUUUCGAGGGCUUUGCACGGUACAUGAUGGACAAGGACAAUUAUGCUUUCCCAAACGAGUAUGCCACACCGUCGGAGACUGAAAUGCAACAGCCAUUGUCCCAGUAUUACAUUGCCAGCUCCCAUAACACUUAUUUAACUGGUCAUCAGCUCAAAGGGGAAUCUUCGGUGCAGCUGUACUCGCAGGUGCUACUAACAGGGUGUAGAUGCGUGGAACUCGAUUGCUGGGACGGCGAUGAUGGGUCUCCCGUUAUUUACCAUGGUCACACCUUCACUACGAAGAUACCAUUUCGCUCGGUCGUCGAAGCGAUUGAUAGAAGUGCUUUCGUGAGCUCUCCAUACCCUGUGAUUCUCUCUAUUGAGAAUCAUUGCUCUCAGAGUCAACAGGCUCGGAUGGCCCAAAUAUUUCAAUCCGUUUUUGGCGAAAAGCUCGUGACGAAAUUUCUCUUUGAGACCGACUUUGGUGACGAUCCCCAGCUGCCAUCGCCAUCGCAAUUGCGCUAUCGAAUAUUGAUAAAAAAUAAAAAACUAGUGGUGGAUCCUGCCGGUCCUCUGGCACACGCUCCCCUGAGUCAUCGUGGAAAAAUGCUGAUGUCCGAUCGUGCAUCAUCCAUGAAACAAAUGCGUACCGACGUAAACAGCGCUUCCGUCGUUGAAUAUUUCAGCGAGGACGAAGACGACGAGGAGGACGACGACGAGGACGACAACAUCGACGAUAACUCGAUUUCUAGUUACGAAAGGUACUUGGGUGGAACUCAGGUGCCGCAUGGCCGAUUAAAGUCCGAUUCUGCGGUCGACGAUAAGUCACAGAAGCAGAGUAGCCAAAUUGCAAAGGAACUCUCGGACUUGGUAAUUUACCUGCAAGCCAUUAAAUUCCGUGGAUUGAACAUGACGCCAGGAACCACCGCAACUGGAAAGGUGCGCCAUCAACCGCACACUGGACCAGUUCAGAGGCAUAGUAUUGCUGGUAUAGGAGCUACAAGCAUAGGUGCACCAUCAGGCUCGCCGCAGUCUCUAUCAACUUCGGCGUCCCUGGCAAGUGGUGGCAGCAAUAUUGAAAACCUAUUCAGGUCCACUCGGGGAGUUCCGGCAUGCUUCCAGUGUUCCUCGUUGAACGAAAGUACAGCGAAAAAGAUCUGUAGGAAACAACCCUUAGGAGUUGUCGCUCACGCUGAAACUCAAUUAAUCCGAACAUAUCCGGCCGGAAUGCGUAUAGACUCGACGAACUUCAAUCCCGUAAUAUUUUGGGCCUUUGGGAUUCAAAUGGUAGCAUUAAAUUAUCAAACUGACGACGCUGGAUUAAACUUGAACGCCGCCAUGUUCGAGCAAAAUGGACAAUGCGGAUAUGUGAGAAAACCUUCGGUUAUGUGGGACAAAUGUCAUAUGAUGUACAGACGUUUCAAUCCUUGGGACAAGGAGUUCGAUGGGUUACAUUCGGCACACCUGACGCUCUCGAUCAUCUCCGGCCAAUACGUAUCCCCGGCGAACUUCGUCGCCAGCACCUACGUCGAGAUCGAGUUAGUCGGCAUCCCGAUCGAUUGUGCCAAGCAUAAAACAAAAGUGAUACAGAACAACGCGUUGAAUCCGAUUUGGAACGAGAAAUUUUGUUUCCAAGUGAUGUUCAAGGACCUCGCCUUCCUGCGUUUCGGCAUCGUCGAAGCGAGUUCCCAUCAUUUGAUCGCUCAAAGAGUCAUUCCACUAAAGUGUUUAAGACCGGGGUACAGACACGUGCGUCUACGUUCCUGUAAGAAUAAACCUCUAGCAUUGUCGACACUGUUCAUCUACUCUCGAUUAGAAGAGGAGAGUCUCGAUUAUAACACCUGCUGCCGCGAUCACAAGGAAUCCUCAAAGCGUCCAUCUUCGGGGAAAGAGCCGGAAAAAUUGACCACCGUGGAUCCAGGUUUAGGCGGAGUAACCUUGAAAAGAAGGAUGUUCUUCCUGAUGGUUUAUCACGUGAUACCCGACGAGCCGUACACUAUCUUAAAAGUGACCCAGGAAAGCACGACCCAAGAAGUGAUGCUGCAAGCUCUCCAGAAAGCUGGAAUCUCCCCGGAUCGCGUCGACGAGUACAUACUGGUUGAAGAGGUUUCACGCGGUUGGGAAAAGCGGGACAGAGAGGAGUUACCUACUCAACGCGUGUUAGACCCUACGGAACACCCUCUGCAGGCUCAGGCAUUGUGGAAAGGACAAGGGCGUUUCCUGUUGAAAAGGGUGGGCGACGACCCCAGCAGUAGAGCCUGGUUAGCUUCCAUCAGGAGUACCGCCGGUCACUCGAAACUCGACUCUGAGAGAGACACGUCCACCCAUAUUUGGGACGAAGCUGACACCUUCUUAGUUUGCAUUUACAAUGUUUCGCCGGAUAUACCGUACGCGAUUCUGCGGGUGCCCGUGAGCAGUUCCGCUCAGGACGUACUAGCGCAGGCUCUAGUGAAAGCCAGGCGGAUGGAGGAUCCUAUGAAGUUCGCUUUGGUCGAGGAACUGGAAUGGGGAGGAACGGGCGCCGUUGGCAGUGGUAAUCGUCAAUUAAGAGUAUUACGAGACGAUGAAAAUGUUUAUAGCACCCAAGCCUUCUGGAAGACACUGGGGAGAUUCAUUCUAAGAGAAAGGGAACAAGCGAUACCGAGGCGACAUUUGUUACCAGCCACCUUGGACAGGCUGAGUAAAGGCUUCUCCGUCGGCAGAUCGGUUUCUCUGCCUGGUUCCAGCAAAGAGAAGGUACCCGUCUCGGAAGCCCUGUCCGAUCCCACCUCCAGAGGACUUAGGCAUCGUCUACUGAUGCCCGGUCGCAGAAGAGAAGUUCAUUCCGACGGCGAGGACACGCGCGAGUCCGAUAUUCUGAACGCGGCUAUACAUUUGAAGAAGGUGUCUUUACGAAAAUUGAGGAUGUGGAAGUCAUAGUGGCAGUCCCGGGCGACGUCGAUAUCAUCGAUCUUCGCCACUCGGAGGAAUUAAUUAAUGAUUACGAGUAAUCAUUGCGAUCGAGGUGUAGGCAAAGAUAAAUUAGUCGACGUUCGUACCUCGAUAACUUCGAAGAUCGUUAUUGAGAAGUUUCAUCGAUGAUCAACGUCGUGGAACGUUUUGGCAUAAGUAUAGAAAUUACAAAUGGACGCCUAACUCGACACUGCUUAAAACACGUCUGAUCUUUUAACUCGUCGUUCGAAAGGAAACUGAUGUCGGCAAAUAGUACAAUCGGUUGAAACGGAGUUUGAUUGGACGUAAAAUCGUGGAGCAAGCGGUAAAGCAAAACGAGAUGCGUUACGUUCAAACAAUCCUGUUAAUGCCAUCGUUAUUUUAUGCGUCGUGUAUCGGGCGGAUGAAUUUAGAUCAACAAAUCAUUGCAUAUAUGCUAGUAUACGUACAAUUGUUUGCAUCAUUGAGCACAAUAAGCUUAAUUCCUAUUUAAUUUUAAGUUUAGGCAGGAGGAUUACGAAAGCUUCCUCGACGAUCUCGAUUUUCAAGAUCAUCCACACACUUUUUCUAGUCAUUGAACGUACAAAUCAAGAUUUUAUAUAUGAUCUUCGAGGAAAUCAGUUCCUUUAAGGAAACUUAGAGUUCUGUCAUUUGAUGACUCCCAAGGUACAGGUAACUUUCGAAUAACAAGAUUGCAAUAAAUAAAAAAUCCAGCUGAUUUUAUGAAAAUUAUUAUUUAUUGCCAAGUUCUAAAGUUAAAUAAAAUUUAAAAUAUAUAACAACAUUAUUGUUAUUUUUUAAAAUAAUUUUUUCAAAUCAAAUUCUCAAUUCGAGAGGUACCUGUAUUUCCAACAAGAUACAGAAGUAUUUUUUAAUCGCGAACUUUAUUUUAAUUAAAUUCGUUCAUUUUGUUAACACUAACUUACUUUCCAUAUUUUUUUAUACAUAUAUACAUACUUUUUAAUCUAAACGAUAUAUUUUAAUAUACAUAUAUAUUUAUAUUCAACGCAUACAUUUUAUUAAAAAAUCAUACAAGGGCUUUAGUGAAUUCUUCAAAAUUACAAAAUAGAAAAACCGAUUCAUUUUAGUUAUUAAAGACGAAGCCAAAUAUCAAUUUCUCGUAUGAAUGUAACUUACGACGGGACCUGAUUGCUUUUUAUAAACACUUACUUGUCCUUCGAGUAAUUAAUGCUUGGACUUUAAGUACCUGACUCGUCUGUGAAAAUUCCCUUUCAUUCUACUCAAAUUUCUGCCAAUGCAUAACAAUCAUGCAGUCAUGAAUAACUCAAAAAUUAUUUAUUUCACGAAGAAAAUGAAUUACAAAUUCAAGGAAUAAAUGUAAAAAAUUGAUUUUAUAUUUUUCUUAAUUGCAUCUGAGAAAAGACUUCGCGUAAUGACAAUAACCAGUGAUCUCUUCAGUUUCUCUUCGAAAAUCUCAUCUGAAAAGUAUCCUUAUUUCUAAAUGACUGCAUGAUUUCUUCUCGCAGAAAAAAAAACUAUUAAUUACAAAAA